AUGGCUAUGUUUCCCCUUCUUCUGUUGCUUCUCCUCAGCAGCGUUCAAGAGGUGACAGCGUCGGCUCUGUUGGGUCGGCAAUGGCCGUCAUCCGAUGGCGGAACAGCAAUGGAAUUCAACAAGCCGGGGGGAUCUAGCAUCUUUACCACUUACUCGGUCAUCUACCGCGACGGGGAUGCCUCCCGCAGGCGGACCGCCGAGAGCGGCUACGACAUUCGUGUUGACGUCGUGAACAGCGCCUGGGCAUUCUGCCGCUCGAACGACCCCAGCCUGUGCGAUAUGGGCGGCGCCUGUUUUGAUAAAUUCUCCUGUUCCACAGGGCUGCCCGAGAAUGAGCACGAACCAACACGCUACAGCGCCGGAUCCAAAGCCCGCUACUGCUCGACCGACCUCCUGACCCUUUCCCGUGACUCCCCUCGCGCAGUCACUUACCUAGCCUACGGCGACAGACCGGACAGAACGCAAGAAUACAAGGUCUUCACCACCAAUGCAAAACCCUCAGCCUCGUCCAGCUCAGCACCCAAACCGCUGCCCACCCCACCACAGACCUCCCAAAUCGCUACCGCGGGCACUUCCCCCUCCCAAGCCGCUGCCCAAACCGCAGCCUCCACAGAAUCGGCAAACAACGACGACAACAACGACAACAGCGACACCAACGACACCAACAACUCUAGCAACGCCGGCAACACCAGCAACACCAAUGAUACCGACGACACCAACGACACCAAUAAUACUGACAACACCAACAACACUGACAGUAACACUAACACGAGCAACAGCACCAAUACCGCUAUGACAGUCGGGGCCGCAGUCGGCUGCGUCGCGCUCAUUUGCAUAUUCGUCGUGGUCGUUUUCCUCAUCCGGCGCACUCGCGCCACAUCUGCUGCAACAGCCGCAACAACACCAACAACAAUGGGAGAAGCAACAACAGAUGGCGCUGCUGUCGCGUCAGCGCAAGGGCUUUACAAGCCCCCGCUGGGGGAGCUCGAUGGAGAGCGUGGGGUGUACGAAAUCGGCCAGGGAUGCCCCGUUACGCCACCGGUUGAAUUGCCGGGAACGAGGUGGGAGAGUACGGAAGUCCCUACCAAAAGUCUUUGCUGA